GGCGAACAGACAAGAACCACUGAGAGCUUCAUGGUGUUAUUUAUUGUAACACAUUUAAAAUAUAUAUUUUUUCAUAUCGCUGGAAAACUUCAUAUAAAGGAAUACAACGGAUGUAAUGGAAAAUAACCAAUAGAUCCGGCACGGGCUAUGGAUUCAGUCGGCGUAAUUGACUUUCAUCAAACUACUGGAAAAUUCCUUUAAUUUGACAUAUUUCAUUGUGAGAAAGUUCUUGUGAUUUCUUUUUUUUUUUUUUUUUUACCUGUCUCUUUUUUUUUCUUGGAGAGGUAAGCUGUUCUCCCGAGGGAGGGAUGGUUCCACCCCGGCUCCUACAGUGCAUUCUCGCCCGGUCCUGGAGCUUCCACAGCGGACCUCAAAGGAGAUGAGACUCGCACUCUAUCAACUCCUCGCAGGCUGGCUCUGCCUCGUCCCCACCACUGCUGAGGAGUCUCCUCUCCCUCGGGAGAUUUUGGAGCGACUCUCCCGCAGUGAGAUCCGGAGCACCAGCGACCUCCAGCGGCUACUCGAGAUAGACACCGUAGGUGGCGGCUUGUCCAGGGUGUACAGUGCCUUCCGUCCGAAUGCAGCUGAGAGGCUCCAGCACCCGCCCCCGCAACCCCAAAAGGGACAAGAGUGCACAAAAGUCCAUACAAAGCAAGCUUGUGUGGAAGAUGAAAGACUUCCUAGAGGAGUGGAAGCUGUAAAGGAGGACAUCCAGUUCUACACUGGAGCUACGGUACCUUGGUCAGACAACGAGGUGAUCGAAGAGACCAAACGUGACUACGACAAGGUCUUUUCUCAAGGCUUCCCCGAUCUGAAGCGAGCACACACGCAUGGGCGCUACAGGCGGAGUACUGUGGUGGAAGAGGCAUUGCCCGCGGGUUGCAAGGUGCGUACCACCAUCUACGAGAUCCCUCGCAGUCAGGUGGACGCCACAGCUGCCAACUUCAUCAUCUGGCCGCCGUGCGUGGAGGUGAAGCGCUGCACGGGCUGCUGCAACACAAGCAACAUGAGGUGCCAGGCGUCCCGCAAGCACCACCGCACCGUCAGGGUAGCUAAGGUGGAGUACGUGCGGCGGCGACCCAAGCUGAGGGAGGUGCAGGUGAAACUGGAGGACCAUCUGGAGUGCGCAUGUACCAACAAACACCAGAGUGGCCCAAAGUCCGACGCAGACAACGGCGUCAGGUGAACACUAAUGGACUGGAGCAAAACAAUUGAGACUGCGUUAAAAACAAUAACUUUUGCCUUUUUCUGGCAUCCUCCUUUUGGAACAUUUACUUUUUUGACGAUUUAACAGCUAUCUUUGGGACUUCCAAUGGAUAUUUUGACCCAUGUGGACCCCAACUGGCAACAACACAAAGACAGGCUAUCUGUGAGCGCACUGACAUUCCUUGAUGGGCAAACAGGAUCUUUUAUCAACCUCUUGGAUUACAAACUGUGGACGAAUCCUCUCUACGGACUAAGAUUAUGAUUUUUGAAACUAUAUUUCCAACAUUUAUCUUGCAACGCUUACUGUUCUUUGUACAGUAUAACCUGUCAUUUCUCAAAGGGCUGUUAAAACAUCCUUCUGACAUGUACAGUACCUAUUACUAAUAAACUAUUUAUACUAGUACAACAGGUUUGUAACACAAAAGGGAUUGUGUGUGUGAAGGGCGAUUACAUACAGGAUCCAAAGGCUGAGGCUAAAAUCUCUAGUCUAGUUGUAUGCAAGACCACAGAAGAAGAUCGUUCUUCCCGCACAGUUAUGAUUGAAAUAAAUGGAAAACCCUAAGUAAGCUAUAAUGUUAAAGAGGAACAUUAUCACCAGACCUAUGUAAGCGUCAAUAUAUACCUUGAUGUUGCAGAAAAAAGACCAUAUGUUUUUUUAACCGAUUUCCGAACUCUAAAAGGGUGAAUUUGGCGAUUUAAACGCCUUUCAAUUGAUAGCCUGUCGGAGCGAUGACCUUUCACCCGUGACGUCACAAUGUGAAGCGUUCCGCCAUUUUCUCAAUCUCAUUGCAUGCACCAAGUCAAAUCAGCUCUGUUAUUUUCAGUUUUUUUGACUGUUUUCCCGUACCUUGGAGACAUCAUGCCUCGUCGGUGUGUUGUCGGAGGGUGUAACAACACGAACAGAGACGGAUUCAAGUUGCACCAGUGGCCAAAAGAUGCAAAAGUCCCUCGUUUGUUCCGCACACUUUACCGACGACACCUAUGCUACGACAGAAAUGGCAAGAAUGUGUGGAUAUCCUGCGACACUCAAAGCAGAUGCAUUUCCAACGAUAAAGUCGAAGAAAUCAAAGCAGAUGCAUUUCCAACUAUAAAGUCGAAGAAAUCUGCAAUAUUGGAAAAUAGACCACAGUGCGUGAGCUAUUCAGGGACGACGGAGCACGGCAAGCGAUGACGGCAGUCUGUUCCUGCAGACGAGCGAGGUAAACCCCCUGGAUGUCUUGGCUAAGACGUGAUUUAUGCCACUUCUUUUUCUGUCUCAUUUUGUCCGCCAAACUUAUAACGUUGUGCAUGAAUGCACAAAAGUGAUUUUUGUUGAUGUUAUUGACUGAUGUGGAGUGUGC